AUGGCGACUUCAAGAACAUGCCUUCUCGUCAUCAGCAUACAUUUAAUCUACGCAGUCACCGCUCAGGAAAUGGAGAAGCGGGUGCCGCAAGGAUUCGUCGGCAUGAGGGGUAAAAAGUACCUGGACUCGAGGGAAACCGAGCAGUUCUAUAAACGAAAACCACAGUUCUUCGUUGGCGUGAAAGGUAAGAAAAAUUACGACUCGUCGGAAUACCAAGAAUCGAGCAAACAAGUACCGAUGGAAUUUGUCGGAAUGCAAGGGAAGAAAGAAUAUCCUGAACUGUUGUUACUACCAGACGAUUCUGAUUUCUAUCCAGAAAGAUUUGGAUCCCUAUUCGGUAAGAUAGACUAUACUGCUAAUGAAAUUGAUCAGAACGAAGGGCGUCCGUUUGCCGACCUCAUUGCGAAUUACAUUCAAAAGCUGCAAGGCAUAAACCUGAGUCCUGAAAGUGUAGACACCAACGAACAAUUACCAAAUGCGGAGUCAUACGAAAGAGUCACGAACGAAGUCGACAAAAGAGCCAAUUUCCAUCAAUUUUACGGAGUACGUGGCAAGAAGUCCGUACAGAAAAGACGGCCAUACGAUCUCUCGUUCCGUGGGAAAUUCAUAGGCGUACGAGGAAAAAAGGAUCUGCAAAACAGCGGCACACAAGAGAUUAAGUUUUUGCUCGAACAAAAUGGACCAUGGCCGAAACGAAAGGCCCAGAUGGGUUUCUUCGGCAUGCGCGGCAAAAAAUGGACCGACGAAUCCAGCCCAGAGGCGACUCCCAACUAA